GCUGCUGAGAAUCGGAAUGUGUGAACUUAACCGCUGCACCACCAGGCCGGCCCCAACCAUGUACAUCUUAACUUAUCAGAAGCAGCUUCAGAUUUAUACUAGCUAGUUCCAAUGCUAUAUAGAAGUGUUACUCCUACAUAGCUGUAUUCCCUUCUCCCCCUCUUUGUGGUAUUUUGUUUUAUAUAUAUAUUACAUCAAUUAAUGUUACACAUCCAACAAUACAUUGUUAUAAUUAUUAAUUUAUCAUCUGUAACCAUCUCCUUAUCUCAAUAUAGCUUUGCUCCUACGCAACUCCUUUUUGCUGUUAUUGGCAAAUGUAUUUCACACAUAUUAAUUUCUAUAUAUUAUAGGCACAACAAUACAUUACAUUAUUUUAUGAAAUUGCUUCUUAAUCAGUUAAGGGCAGGAGAAAAAAUACUCAUUUACACUGUCUUUUAUAAUUAUAUAAAUACCCUUUGUAAUGCUCUUUUGUUUUUUUGUGUGGAUUUGAACUACUGUCUGGAGUCACUUGCCUUCAGCCUGAAGAACUUCUUCUAGUAUUUCUUGUAAGGCAGAUCUGCUAGCACAAAUUCUCUCACUUUGUUUAUUUGGGGAAAUAUUUCACCAAUAUUAUUUUCAUAAGAUGAUUUUGCUGGAUGUAGGAUUCUUGGUUGAAAGGCUUUUUCUCUAGGCAGUUUGAUUAUCUCAUUGUCUUCUGGCCUCUAUUGUUUUUGCUGAGGAGUCAGCUAUUAAUCUUCUUGGUAUUCAUUUUUAAGCAAUGAGUUGUUUUUCUCUUGCUAUUUUCAAGAUUUCUUCCUUGUCUUUUGACUUUCAGUGUCUUUACUCUAACGUGUUUGUUUGUAUAUCUCUUUGCAUUUAUCUUAUUUGGAAUUUGUUGAGCUUCCUGGAUGUGUAGGUUAUAGUUUUUCAACAAAUUCGGGAAGUUUUUAGCCAUUAUUUCUUUGAAUGUAUUUUCUGCUCCUUUUUUCACUCUCCGCUCCUUCUGGUACUCUCAGUAUGCACCUGUUGGUGUGCUGAUUGGCGUCUCACAUUUCUCUGCGACUCUCAAUUUUUCUGUUCUUUGGCUUGCAUGAUCUCUGUCUAUCUUCAAGUUAGCUAAUUCUUUUUUCUGCCAGCUCAAGUCUACCUUUGAGCCCCUAAUAAAGUUAUUUCAGUUAUGGUAUUUUUCAACUCCAGAAUUCCUAUUUGGUUCAUUUUUAUAAUUUCUGACUCACAUCUCUGCUCUAAGAGCUGAACAUCUGUUGAUAUUCUCUAUUUGACACGACUUAUCAUAUCUUCCUUUACUUCACUAAUCAUGCUUUUCUUCAGUUCUGUGAACAUGUUUAUAAAGCUCCCUUAAAUUCUUUUUCUGAUAAAUAUGACAUCUGGUUGCUCUCACAGGCAGUUUUUGUUGCCUGCUAUUUUUCCAGUGCAUGGGGUCACACUUUCCUUGCAUGCAUUGUAAUUUUUUGUUGGAAAGUGGACAUUUUAUAUAAUAUAUUGUAGCAACUCUGGUUACUUGUUUCCUUCCCUCUGCUCCCCCUCCCCCGUCCCACCUUUGUUGUUGUUAUCCACUUGUUUAUUUGUCUAGUGGCUGCUAGAUUACUGUAGAGAAGGGUAUCCUCCCCCCAACUCCUUAAAUUUCUGACGUAGUUACUCUGGCUUUCCAGUAAUUUGGGUAGGGCUCUCUUUCUCUCAUUCCCUGGCCACACCCAGCUGUUAAACUCCAGAAGUUUGCUGGUGGAUUGCUCUAUUAUAUUCAACAAUGUCCUGGGGCAUAAAAUGCUCACUAAAUGAAUCCAAUCAAAUUCUGACCCCUCUGAAGCAACAGUUUACGAGGGCACUGUUUAGGAUUUGUUCUUAUCCCAGGAAGGCAUCCUCCAGCUGUCUUCAUCUCUGGCUCUCUCCUGCAAACUAGCCAGUCCACAAUUCAGCCCACCUGUCAUCUCCUCCUAAUUGCCUAUGACUACCACCUCCGGGUUUUUGAGCGCACCCUUUGCCUUGAAUUUCUCCAAGUUCUGUUCAAAUGAAGCCAGUCCCUUUGGGAAGAGAUUACGAACUAUCUGUUUCAUGGACUGCCUCUCCCCUGAGGCACAAACACUGAGCUAGGCUUUAGGAGCAGGUGGUGGAACAAGCUUCUGAGUCACAUCCCUGCCUGACGUCCUCUCAGCUUCUCUCUUCUGGCUUGAACCAGCGCUUCAGGACCUGGGAACUCUCCCAUUGGAAAGGAUUCUGAAAGAAAUGAAGAAAGCUAUCAGAAAUGAAGUCAGUAGCCUCAAGGCCUUCUGUUGACGGGACUGGCUUUUUCCUGCUGCCGUUCCUUGGAGAGACGCUGUUCAGGAUGUCUGCUGAGGUCAUCCAUCAGGUUGAAGAGGCACUUGAUGAAGACGAGAAGGAGAUGCUUCUAUUUUUGUGCCGGGACGUUGCUGCAGAUGUGGCUCCACUUAACGUCAGGGAUCUUCUGGAUAUUUUAAGAGAGAGAGGAAACCUGUCUCCUGGGGGCUUGGCUGAGCUGCUCUACAGAGUGAGGCGGUUUGACUUGCUCAAGCGCAUCUUGAAGAUGGACAAAACGGCAGUAGAGGCACACCUGCGCAGGCACCCUCGGCUUGUAUCGGACUAUAGGGUGCUGAUGACGGAGAUUGGGGAGGAUUUGGAUAAAUCUGAUGUGUCCUCAUUAAUUUUCCUCAUGAGGGAUUAUAUGGGCCGAAGCAAGAUAGCCAAGGACAAGAGUUUCUUGGAUCUUGUGAUCGAAUUGGAGAAACUAAAUCUGCUUGCUCCAGAUCAGUUGGAUUUAUUAGAAAAAUGCCUAAAGAACAUCCACAGAAUAGACCUGAAGACAAAAAUCCAGAAAUACAGGCAGUCUGCUAUAGCUCCAGGAACAGGAACAAGUUAUGUAAAUGCUCUCCAGGCAUCUCUUCCAAACUUAAGUCUUAAGGAUCCUUCAUAUAACUUAAGGCUCCAGAAUGGGAGAAGUAAGGAACAGAGAGUCAUUGUGGAACAACUUGACACUCAAAAACCAGUGAAGACAUCUGUUCAGGAAUCAGGAGCAUUUUUGCCUCAGCACAUACCAGAACAGAGAUACAAGAUGCAGAGCAAGCCUCUAGGAAUCUGCCUGAUAAUUGACUGCAUCGGCAAUGACACGGGGAUUCUUCGGGACACCUUCACCUCCCUGGGCUAUGAAGUCCAGUCUUUCUUGUAUCUGAGCGUGGACGAUAUAAGGCAGAAUCUUAAGAAAGUUGCCUGCAUGCCCCAGCACCAAGACUACGACAGCUUCGUGUGUGUCCUGGUGAGCCGAGGGGACUCCCAGAGCGUUUUUGGCGUGGAUCCGACGCACUCAGGGUUCCCCUUGGACCAGAUCAGGAGGAUGUUCAUGGCAGAUUCAUGCCCUUCUCUGUUAGGGAAGCCAAAGCUCUUUUUUAUUCAGAAUUAUGUGGUGUCAGAGAGCCAGCUGGAGGACAGCAGUGUCCUGGAGGUGGACGGGCCAGCGGUGAACCAUGUGGAGUCCAGGGCAAGACCGCCUGAGCCCUGCACGCUUCACCGAGAGGCUGACUUCCUCUGGAGCCUGUGCCGAGCCGACGUGUCCCUGCUGGAGCGGCCCACCAGCUCCCCGUCGGUGUACCUGCAGUGCCUCUCCCAGAAACUGUGGCAAGAGAGAAGAUACCCCAUCCUGGAACUGCACAUUGACCUCCACCGCUACGUGUAUGACUGGAACAGCACAGUGUCUGCUAAGGAGAGGUACUCCGUCUGUCUGCAGCACACCCUGAGAAAGAAGCUCAUCUUCUCCUGCAAAUGAAAAGAUCAACACCCGGCUUAUCCCUGCAGUCUCCCUCCAUCACUAACCAGGGCAGAGUUUCCAAGCGAGUGUGUGUGUGACGUAGGUGAGGUGAGGUCCUGGCCGUGCUGAGGCGACCUGUGAGGAGUCACAGGUUGACGGGAAGUCGUGCUUGAACUAUAGCUUCUGAGGUGAAGGUCGUGGCCUCUGUGUUGGGCCAGGUCAGUGUUGGGAAGGAAAUGUCUUUGAGACUUUAGAAACCAGUUACUGGUUGACUUGGGCAUUUCUGGAGUGUGUUGCCUUCCAUGGUAACAAUCAAGAAACCGAGGGCUAAGAAAGAAGCAGUUCGAGUGCUUGCAGUCAAAGAGUUAAUUAGCCCGUGGCCAUCCGUGCUCCAUGUAGAAGGUAAAAUCAGCUAUGACCUGAAAGGAGACCCUUGUUUAAAAUAUCUCUUGAAGGUCUUUAUUUUUUAAUUUAUUUAUUCUUAUGUUGAUUUUAAGUGGAGUGUGUCUGUGUGUGUAUGUUUAUGUAUGUUUUGUCAUGGUCAUUCAGCAAAGGUUCCAAAGCAUGGAAAGAACAAUUUUAUGGCUAUUCAUAAGCACUUAUUUCUACUCUGGAAGUUCUUUUGCCGUCCUUGUGUUAAUGAGUGUGGGACUCCUGAGUGUGUCUGAAUUUCAUGUUGCUGAGGGGCACCAGCAGGAAUAAUGUCUGUGCCUGGACUCAUGAACCAGAAUCUCGUAGUAAUUAUUACAGAGGAAAACUGUUUGACAGGGUUCUGCACACUUUUGUCACUUGUCUUUGGGCUACAUUAUUUUUGUUGACACCAACCAUCAGUCACUCCCCAAGUCCCAAAGAGAAGAUGCUAAGUGUUUGCUUGUGGGUUUGGCUCCCUGGCAAGGGGUGUGGGGUGGAGUAAAGAAGGAUUGGGAUUCCAGGCUCGGGCUGACCAACGGGAGGAAUGAGGCCUUGGCUUCCCUUGGCCACUUCACAGAGCCUCACAGAGAGUGAGAUGAGAGAGCCUUACAGUCAUACCUGGAGAGGCUCUGUGGUGGCCUUGGGGAUGCCAUGCGAGUGUCACUAUUGUUAUCACACCACACUAUAAUGAGGGAGUUAUUUUGGAAAUGGUGAACCAAACCUUGAACAGCUGGUAGGAUUUUGGCAGGUUGAGAUGGAGCACAGAGUAUGUUGUAGGAGAGGAAGCAAGUCAAGUGGAGGGACAGACGGGAAAUGCGAGGCAUG